AUGUGUCAGAUCUUAGCAAGGGGGCCAUUUUCCUUGCGCGACAAAUCCCUACACCCUCGCCCUCGCUUUUGUCCACCGCCCACGUCUUCUCUCGUCGCUGUCGCUUGCCCCCGACACCCACUCCUUCCCCCGUCGCUCACUCUCUUUCCGCCGUCACCCUCGCUUUCCCCCGCCGCCCUCUCCUUCUCCCGUCGUUCUCGUUUGCCCCCGUCAUCCACUCUUUCCCCCGUCGCACUCGCUUUCCCCCGUCGCCUUUGGCUUUCCCCCGUCGUCCUUGCUUCCCCCGUCGCCCUCGCUUUCCCCCGUCGUCAUUGCUUUCCCCCGUCUCUCUCGCUCUCCCCCGCCGCCCACUCCUUUCCCCGUCUCUCUCGCUUUCCCCCGCCGCCCACUCCUUCUCUCGUCGUUCUCGUUUGCCCCCGUCACCCACUCUUUCCCCCGUCGCACUCGCUUUCCCCCGUCGCCUCUGACUUUCCCCCAUUGUCCUUGCUUCCCCCGUCGCCCUCGCUUUCCCCCGUCGUCAUUGCUUUCCCCCGUCUCUCUCACUCUCCCCCGCCGCCCACUCCUUUCCCCGUCCCUCUCGCUUUCCCCCGCCGCCCACUCCUUCUCUCGUCGUUCUCGUUUGCCCCCGUCACCCACUCUUUCCCCCGUCGCACUCGCUUUCCCCCGUCGCCUCUGGCUUUCCCCCGUCGUCCUUGCUUCCCCCGUCGCCCUCGCUUUCCCCCGUCGUCAUUGCUUUCCCCCGUCUCUCUCGCUCUCCCCCGCCGCCCACUCCUUUCCCCGUCUCUCUCACUUUCCCCCGCCGCCCACUCCUUCUCUCAUCGUUCUCGUUUGCCCCCGUCACCCACUCUUUCCCCCGUCGCAAUCGCUUUCCCCCGUCGCCUCUGGCUUUCCCCCGUCGUCCUUGCUUCCCCCGUCGCCCUCGCUUUCCCCCGUCGUCAUUGCUUUCCCCCGUCUCUCUCGCUCUACCCCGCCGCCCACUCCUUUCCCCGUCUCUCUUGCUUUCCCCCGCCGCCCACUCCUUCUCUCGUCGUUCUCGUUUGCCCCCGUCACCCACUCUUUCCCCCGUCGCACUUGCUUUCCCCCGCCGCCUCUGACUUUCCCCCAUCGUCCUUGCUUCCCCCGUCGCCCUCGCUUUCCCCCGUCGUCAUUGCUUUCCCUCGUCUCUCUCACUCUCCCCCGCCGCCCACUCCUUUCCCCGUCCCUCUCGCUUUCCCCCGCCGCCCACUCCUUCUCCCGUCGUUCUCGUUUGCCCCCGUCACCCACUGUUUCCCCCGUCGCACUCGCUUUCCCCCGUCGCCUCUGGCUUUCCCCCGUCGUCCUUGCUUCCCUCGUCGCCCUCGCUUUCCCCCGUCGUCAUUUCUUUCCCCCGUCUCUCUCGCUCUCCCCCGCCGCCCACUCCUUUCCCCGUCUCUCUCACUUUCCCCCGCCGCCCACUCCUUCUCUCAUCGUUCUCGUUUGCCCCCGUCACCCACUCUUUCCCCCGUCGCAAUCGCUUUCCCCCGUCGCCUCUGGCUUUCCCCCGUCGUCCUUGCUUCCCCCGUCGCCCUCGCUUUCCCCCGUCGUCAUAGCUUUCCCCCGUCUCUCUCGCUCUACCCCGCCGCCCACUCCUUUCCCCGUCUCUCUUGCUUUCCCCCGCCGCCCACUCCUUCUCUCGUCGUUCUUGUUUGCCCCCGUCACCCACUCUUUCCCCCGUCGCACUGCUUUCCCCCGUCGCCUCUGACUUUCCCCCAUCGUCCUUGCUUCCCCCGUCGCCCUCGCUUUCCCCCGUCGUCAUUGCUUUCCCUCGUCUCUCUCACUCUCCCCCGCCGCCCACUCCUUUCCCCGUCCCUCUCACUUUCCCCCGCCGCCCACUCCUUCUCCCGUCGUUCUCGUUUGCCCCCGUCACCCACUCUUUCCCCCGUCGCACUCGCUUUCCCCCGUCGCCUCUGGCUUUCCCCCGUCGUCCUUGCUUCCCCCGUCGCCCUCGCUUUCCCCCGUCGUCAUUGCUUUCCCCCGUCUCUCUCGCUCUCCCCCGCCGCCCACUCCUUUCCCCGUCUCUCUCACUUUCCCCCGCCGCCCACUCCUUCUCUCAUCGUUCUCGUUUGCCCCCGUCACCCACUCUUUCCCCCGUCGCAAUUGCUUUCCCCCGUCGCCUCUGGCUUUCCCCCGUCGUCCUUGCUUCCCCCGUCGCCCUCGCUUUCCCCCGUCGUCAUUGCUUUCCCCCGUCUCUCUCACUCUCCCCCGCCGCCCACUCCUUUCCCCGUCUCUCUCGCUUUCCCCCGCCGCCCACUCCUUCUCUCGUCGUUCUCGUUUGCCCCCGUCACCCACUCUUUCCCCCGUCGCACUCGCUUUCCCCCGUCGCCUCUGACUUUCCCCCAUCGUCCUUGCUUCCCCCGUCGCCCUCGCUUUCCCCCAUCGUCAUUGCUUUCCCCCGUCUCUCUCACUCUCCCCCGCCGCCCACUCCUUUCCCCGUCUCUCUCGCUUUCCCCCGCCGCCCACUCCUCCCGUCGUUCUCGUUUGCCCCCGUCACCCACUCUUUCCCCCGUCGCACUCGCUUUCCCCCGUCGCCUCUGGCUUUCCCCCGUCGCCUCUGGCUUUCCCCUCUCGCCCUCCCCUUCCGCCCCCGCCUUUUCUUGA